AUGGUGAGGCAGCUUGUCUGGCAGCGGGCCACCGCCUCUCGGAGGCUGGCACCAUGCCUAUCGCCACAACGAAUGUUCAACCGUCGCGGCCUGGCCACAGAGGCCUCGUCGUUGCGUAUGCCCCCCUACGAGAAGACCGUCCAGAGACUCGAAGAAGUUCGCCGGGUGCUGGGCUCCUCGCGCCCCCUCACCCUCGCCGAGAAGAUCCUCUACGCCCACCUCGACAACCCCGAGGACUCCUUGAUGACCGGCACGAACAACGGCCGCGAUAUCCGUGGAAAUGCGAACCUGAAGCUCAAACCGGACCGUGUGGCGAUGCAGGAUGCGUCUGCGCAGAUGGCGUUGCUGCAGUUCAUGUCGUGUGGUUUGCCCUCGACCGCUGUGCCUGCUAGUAUCCAUUGUGACCAUAUGAUUGUUGGGGAGCGGGGUGCGGAUACGGACUUGCCUGCGUCGAUCAAGGGGAACGCGGAGGUUUUUGAUUUCUUGGAGAGUGCGGCGAAGAGAUAUGGCAUUGAGUUCUGGCCGCCUGGUGCCGGUAUUAUCCACCAGAGCGUGCUUGAGAACUAUGCUGCGCCUGGAUUGAUGAUGUUGGGUACGGACAGUCACACUCCUAACGCUGGUGGUCUUGGUGCUAUUGCCAUUGGAGUUGGUGGCGCUGAUGCCGUCGACGCCUUGGUCGAUGCUCCUUGGGAGUUGAAGGCACCCAAGAUUCUGGGUGUACGUCUGGAGGGCAAGUUGAACGGCUGGGCCAGCCCUAAGGAUAUCAUUCUUCACCUGGCUGGUAAGCUCACCGUCCGUGGUGGUACUGGAUUCGUCAUUGAGUACCACGGUCCUGGUGUCGAGACUCUCAGCUGCACUGGUAUGGCUACCAUCUGUAACAUGGGUGCUGAGAUGGGUGCUACCACCUCUCUUUUCCCCUUCUCCCCCAGCAUGGUGCCAUACCUGCAGGCCACUCACCGUGGCAAUGUGGCUGAGGCGGCCUCCAAGAUCGCUGCUUCAGGACCUGGUCACCUGUUGCGUGCUGAUGGCCAGGCUGAGUAUGACCAGCUGAUCACCAUCGACUUGUCGACCCUUGAGCCCCACAUCAAUGGACCCUUCACCCCUGAUCUGUCAGUGCCUGUGUCCAAGUUCGCGGAUCAGGUGCGCGAGAAGCAGUGGCCCCAGACUUUCGGUGCUGGUCUGAUUGGUAGCUGCACCAACAGUUCGUAUGAGGACAUGACCCGUGCAGAGGACCUGGUUAAGCAGGCCGCUGCUGCUGGUCUCCAGCCCAAGGCCGAUUUCUUCAUCACCCCCGGUAGUGAGCAGAUCCGUGCCACUCUGGACCGGGACCAGACCCUUAACACCUUCUCGGAGGCUGGCGGUAAGGUUCUCGCCAACGCCUGUGGACCCUGUAUUGGACAGUGGAAGCGGACAGACGGUGUUGGCAAGGGUGAAGACAAUGCCAUCUUCACCUCGUACAACCGUAACUUCCCGGGCCGUAACGAUGGUAACCGUCGCACCAUGAACUUCAUCGCCUCACCGGAGCUCGUCACUGCUUUGGCCUACUCGGGCAGCACGACCUUUAACCCUAUGAAGGACUCCCUCAAGACCCCUAGCGGAGAGGAGUUCCAGUUCCACCCGCCUACUGGGUCGCAACUCCCCGAUGAGGGCUUCGCUGACGGCAACCCAUCCUUUAAGCCGACCGCGGCCGUCCCUGACGCCUCGUGCGAUGUUGUGGUCUCGCCGACAUCUGACCGUCUGGCUCUCCUGGAGCCUUUCGACCCCUUCCCCGCCGGUGACCUCUCCGGCUUGAAGGUCCUGUACAAGGUCAAGGGCCAAUGCACGACCGACACCAUCUCCGCUGCUGGUCCCUGGUUGAAAUACAAGGGCCACCUGCCCAACAUCUCCGCCAACACCCUCAUCGGCGCUGUCAACGCCGCCACCGGCGAGACCAACGUCGCCUACGAUGACGCCGGUAAGCAGCACGGCAUCCCCGAGCUGGCUGAGCAAUGGAAGGACCAGGGCAUCCCCUGGUUGGUUGUCGCUGAGGAUAACUACGGUGAGGGUAGUGCGCGUGAACAUGCCGCCCUACAACCGCGUUACCUCGGUGGCCGGAUCAUUGUGGCCAAAAGCUUUGCCCGUAUCCAUGAGACCAACCUGAAGAAACAGGGCCUGGUCCCCUUAACGUUUGCGGAUAAGGCGGACUACGAUAAAAUCGAUGCAUGCGACAUCGUGGACACUGUUGGAUUAUACGAUGUCCUAAAGGCUGGUGGCCAGGGCUCGAUUCAGAUAAAGGUGACCAAGAAGUCUGGAGAGACGGUGCUGAUCCCCGUCAACCACACAUUGAGUAAGGACCAAUGUGGAUUCGUCUUGGCGGGAAGUGCAUUGAACCUGCUGGCCAAGAAGGCUGGUGGCAAGGCAUGA